AUGACGCAGCACGAGGUUCUGGACCUGGGAACGACGAUCUCGUCACUCCCAAAGGCACCGUCCUCAAAUCUCCGCUCAGAGGUUCGCACACUCUUACAAUCGCCCAACUCCGGAAUCCCAAUACUUGUAGCCCUAGACGAUGACCCGACAGGAACUCAAACAUGCCACAAUAUUCCAGUCCUAACAGUAUGGGAUGUCCCAACCCUGACCAAUACCUUCCAGACCACAAAUCCCGGCAGUGGUUUCUUCAUUCUCACUAAUUCCCGAGCCUUGCAUCCUGGACCAGCAAGGGAGCUCAUUGUUGAGAUUUGCACCAACCUGCAAGCUGCUUCUAAGGCCGCUGGUACCACAUUCGAGGUUGUACUUCGAGGCGACUCAACUCUACGAGGUCAUUUUCCGCUAGAACCAGAGGCCGCGGAGUCCGUGCUCGGUGAGGCGGACGCCUGGAUCUUGUGCCCCUUUUUCCUUCAAGGAGGGCGGUACACCAUCAAUGAUGUGCAUUAUGUCCUUGACGAGGACGGAAAGCGGAUAGUGCCCGCUGGCCAGACACCAUUCGCUAAGGAUGCCACCUUCGGUUAUCGAAGCUCCGACCUGAAAGACUAUGUAGUUGAGAAGGGUAAAGGAGCAAUCUCUGCUGAGAGGGUCACCAGUAUCAGUCUUAACACGAUCCGAACGGGAGGAGCAGAUGCAGUGCUUGAUCAAUUCAGAAGUCUACCAAAACGGUCAGUGGUAGUCAUCAAUGCUGCUGCGGAAGAAGAUAUGGACGUAGUCGUCCUCGCCAUCCUGAAAUCUGCCGCGGAAGGAAAGAGAUUUUUGUUCCGGACCGGGGCGGCGUUCGUGUCGGCGCGCCUGGGGAUAUCACCUAUCCCGCCGAUCUCAGCCAAGCAACUGUCUCUUACGCCAGCUGCAGGUGGACUGAUUAUUGCAGGAUCUUAUGUGCCAAAGACUACACUUCAACUAGAGAAGCUGAUUAGUAAGAGUGGUGAUAGACUGACGACUGUCAUCAUGGACGUGCGAAAGUUAUUAGAGUCAUCAGAGUCUAGUGCCAAGGAAAUUUCUCACGCCAUCGAAGUCGCAGAGAAACAGAUCACAAAUGGCCAGGAUGUCCUCGUUAUGACGAGUAGAGAGCUGAUAGUUGGCGAGGAUGAAGUUAAGAGCUUGGAUAUUGGGUCGAUUGUGGCGAAAUCGUUGGUUUCAUUCCUCGUCGACUUGAAAACUAAGCCACGAUAUGUGAUAGCCAAGGGUGGCAUCACGUCCUCAGAUAUGGCAACCAAGGGUCUACGGAUGAAGCAGGCUCUGAUAGUGGGUCAAGCUGCGCCAGGUAUUCCCCUAUGGAGAUGCGAUGAGCCAGAGUCAAAGUGGGCAGGCCUACCAUACGUAGUUUUCCCUGGCAAUGUAGGCUCGCCAGAAACGUUGUAUGAGGUCGUAGAGAGAUGGAGAGUCACUACUUAG